AGUCGCUGCAGCGACCUUGAAGCGGAACGUUUACCAAACUUCGCCAUAUUCACUUUUUCCGUCUGUAAGACAUGAAGUUGAAUUUUAGGGUUUGAAUAAGAAAACUUUAGUUUUAAAGCUGACAAAGAAUUGACAUGCAGAGGUACUAUUGGCCCAACUAUGACAUGCAGCUCCUCGAAGAGCUGCAGAAGCAGCAGAACAGUGCCCAGUUCUGUGACACUCUUCUGCAAACUGAGGGUAUCUCGGUCCCAACUCACAGUUGCAUCCUAGCAGCUCUUAGCCCCUAUUUUUCCCAGAGAUUGUCUUCUUCUCCAUCUCCUCCAUCCGGACAGAAACGCCUGUUAAAGCUCCAUACAGUUACAGCUCACAUCUUACUGAAGCUUGUUGGUCUUAUGUAUUCAGGGGAGCUGGAAGUUAAGGAAAAUGAGGAGAAGAGCGAGUUGUUGGCGGCAGCCAGCCUGUUUGGAUUCUCAAAUCUUGUAGAAGGUUGUAAAGAUGGAGUUAACUGGCAGAGCACUCCAAGCUACAAAGAGACAUACAGAAGCCUGAAAAUGCAGGAUGUACAAGUUCAAGUGGAAAUGGCUGUAAAUAAACGUAAUGCUCCAGAGAAAAAGAGCUGUGCCUCUGUUGGUACCCAAACAGUUGUGCUCCUCGACAAGAAAACGGCUCAGGUCCCAUUUGUUGUGAGUUUUUCUUCACUGUCGCAGUGUGAAAAUGCGCCGGUGGAUAAUCUAAUGAUCCUCAAUCCGCCUCCAAUCAACACAAGUGAUGGAGAAUCUGAAGUAGGGCAGUCCACAAACCACAAACAGUUCUCUGCUUUGUCGUGUGAAACAGACACAUUUUCAGUUUCACUCGCUGGUGGUUCUGGCCUCCAGAGCUCACAGGAACAAGGCUGUUCCCAACAGUUACCCGAGUAUGAGGACAACAUCCAGGUGGAAAGAAGAGAAGAAGGGGCAAACUGCAAGGUGAUGGAGUAUGGAGCAGUUUCACCACACCAAGAACAAGGUCAAGGCAAAGGUCAAAUGUUAGAGGGAAAAAACAAAGAGAGGACGCAUUCAAUUUGCAGGGCUGGGAUCAAGAAUUUGGCCAAGAUGAAGCAGAUGAUGGGCACCACAGAGAUUUCUAUCAAGGUGAAGCUAAGAAGGACCGCCACAGGAGAAGUUUGGGAGGUGGCGAGCAUUCAAGACAAAGAUGAGACAUUGUCACUUGUUUCUUCAGUGAGACAGGGAUGCUCCACACAGAAAACCCAAGCUAACAACUGCAACAAUACUUCCUCUUCUACAAACCUGGUCCAGAAACCAGAGGCUGGGAACCCUCAACCUCCCAUUGCUUCUUCCCCUGUUACCAGUCCCGAGUCCUAUCUUCUCUCUGUUGGCGGUGUCGAUAUGAGCCACAGCAGCGAGUUGGAUUCAGAGCGGGAGUUGGACCCCCCCCAACCCCAGACGUCUGUGGAGGAAACGGAUGAGCAGAUAGAGAUGCUGCUGGAGGAUAUCAUGAAGGGCCUGAAUAUUCUGCCCAACCUGGAUGGUGACUGUAAGACGCUGCAGGCAGGCCAUGACUGGGAACCUGCUUUUAACCAAACUGCAGGGAACGAUCUGAGACGGAGCCCCAUUUAUGCAGCCAGCAGCACAGCAGAGCCAGUUUUCUACCAGGAUGUAGAGCCAGCGAGAGGCCGUCCAUCAGCACACACAGAUCUCUACUGUCAUGCACAGAGCCCAUCGGGGUUCUCGAACCCUUUAGCUGGACACCCAAGUGUGGCAACACAACAAGACUCUCAGAUCAACUUCCCUGUGAGAUCAGAGGGAUUGGGACAGACUGAUCCACUUGGAUGUCCAGGAAUGCUUGUUUCCAAAUAUCAGUGUCCUGAAACCUCCACACCUGCAUCAGCCUUACCUUUAGCAUGUACUUCUGGACAAAAACUGCAUCACCAGCAGCAGUGCUCCGAAAAAGACCAGACCGUUUUUGGCCUUUUACCUCUGCAAGAAGCUGAUGGCCACUCUGGUCAUCCUUUUUUAUUACCCUGGAUGGAUGACAUGAGGCUUCCUCAAUGCCUUUCUCCAUUGGAGUUGUUCACUUCUAAAGAAAAAGAUCAAAACCUCCCAAGUGACCCAAGAAACCGUGAAAAACAAGCUCAGAGUCAACUUCGUCAGCCUCCCUGGCUUGCUGAAACUCCUCAGUCUCUGCAGUUUCCUUUCAGCGCCAUCAAAGAAAACAGCAAAGUUUCUCUACUGUGUAAAAACACAAAUUGUAGCUCAGCGUGUUGUCAGUGGUAUUUGGAGGCAAACCAAAAAAUCAUAGGUGCCAGGAAACAAUCAAGUUCUGUCAAGAGUUCGGACCCUGAGAAGGUGGACGGCUUAAAACGCAAAUGUGACACUAAAGGGCACGAUGUCAUCCGUAAAAAAAGGAGGAGGAGGAGGCAAAUAGAGCUCCUACAGGAUUUUAGCAAAGUUUUUUUGGCACCUAAAAAUGUUACUAAUGGAAAAAAUACUGGAACAUGUAUUGAAAAGGAACCAACCAGAGGACCUAACAUUAAGAGUGCCGAGGAGACCUGGAUCAGGGCCAGGGGCUUUGUUAAGAGAUAUCUACAGAGGACCUGUAACACUGUCCCAGAAAUGAGCCACAAAAGUGCUGGGGACUACAGAGAUAUGAACAAACUUGGAACCGCACUACCAAAGAGGAAAUGUGGAAGACUGCGUAAAAUAACGGUUGAGCAAAAGCCUUCAACCCAAAUCUCUGCCAACAGUAAAGACGAGAGCCACGAGGAAGCCAGAGAGUAUCUAGAUACCAGGGCUUUAGCCCCUGAAGGCCACGCUCAACGACAGAGAUGCCGCAAAAAAAAGAACAAGAGUGAGGAAGAUGUGGAAGAAGAUCCUCCAAAAAAGAAAACUCCUCGGUGCUCUAACAUAACAAACCCAAGAAACCCAGGAACAUCCAAGCCACCAUGGAUGGCCUCUCUCACUGAGGUUCAAAAGCCAAUUCAACGGCGACACCCAAAACGAAAGAAUGUCAAAGACAGUCAGGAAGAAACUCAACUUUCAAAGAACUCAAAGGGAGGAAAGGAAGGGGGAACUGGGUUCACCUCUAUCAUGAAGACAAUCAUUGACUCUACACAGACUUCAAACGCUGAACACCAAGAAGCCAUCAGUGUUGAUGAAAACAACAAUCAGCCAUUUAACACAAGUCCAGCUCACAGCAAUAAAACAGAUCAAGACGACAACACAACAUCUUCAAUUGAGAUGUUACACUUGUCCGGUGAGAAAGGCCACCCUGUCAGUUCUAAGGAUUCCUUGGAGGAAGAGUUGGGGGAGGUGUCACCCAACAGAGAGCAGAAGAAUUCUGAUGAAGGAGGGGUCUGUUGUGGUGGAGAUUUCAAAGGAGACCAGCCGGUCUCCACUGAUGGACGUGCGUCUUACUGCUCGUCUCUCCAGUCCAACGUGUCCGUGGACCACAACUCUCAGCCUCAAACCCCCCAGAGAACUGUGCUGCUGGUUGAUCAAAGAGAGGAGGACGACGAGGAGGAGGAAGAUAUCGAUGUUGUGCUAUAUUCUCCAGACAACGGGGCUCCUCGUGGAGCUGUACUCAAUAGCAUGGUCGUAACCGUAGAUGAAGAAGAGGAAGAUGUGAAUGAGAUUGAUGUGACUGGAGAUGAGGCCUAGGAGCAUUCUCAGAUCUGUGUGCCAUGUGUCGUUGAUUUCUUUUUAGGUUGGGUUUUCUGCAAGCUCUUUCGAAGCAAAACAUGUCACCUCGUUCUGUUCCAAACACACCGUUCAAACUGACGUGUCAGUUUCUGUAGUUUACUAAAGGAAGCCUGUUCUGACUGUUGUUUUUCUUUUUUUAUCUAUAGGUUUGACAUUUCACUAAAAUUUUCAGUUGUUUUCGGUUGAGCUGCUGGAAGUAAAUGUGCAUUGUGGAGUCCGCUCUUUGUUUUGAUGCUGAAUUUAAAAAAAACAUGGCAUAUUUUAUGUACAGUUUAUUAAAAAAAGAAAAAGUCA